AUGGCAAACAAUCCAGGGUCAAGCGGCACGUUUGUCGCAAUGAGGUCCCCAAUCAUUCUCAUAGAUACCGCUGGUGGUGGAACCAUAAACACACCCAAGAGCUUCAAGGCUCAGUCUCCGACAUUGGAAAUCUCAGAAACGGAGUAUGCCUCUCAGGUGGUUGAGCUUAUCAAGGAUGUGGAGGAGAAGAGAUGGAGAUACGGUCUGUUUCUGCUUGGAAUCGUUGUUGUAUUUUGGAUCGCUUCUACCCAACUCAUCAACAGUGUCACGAAGACUGGAGAAUACGAACAGCCAUUCUUUGUGAGCUAUAUCACCGGAGGAUCGUUUGUGAUUUAUGCUAUACCAGAUGCCAUAGACUUUGUGAGGAGACGGAUCUUUCGUGAGUCUGGCUCAGACGAGGUCAAAAGCCCCACAUUGGACGAAGAGACUCCGUUGAUAGAUUCUGCUUUCUCAGAAACUGUGAUCCAGACACCGGAUAUCAAAUUGACCCAAGGCGAGAUCAUCCUGUUGGCACUAGAGACUGCCACUAUAUACUUCAUAGGAAACGCAUGCGGAAGUGCAGCCUUGAAAUUUACCAGCGCAACCAACCAGACCAUUCUCAUGACGGCAACUUCUCUGUUUACUUUGGUAUUGGGAGUUGCUUUCAAGGUGGAAAGCUUUUCGUGGCCAAAGCUUGUGUCCAUCAUAGUCAGCAUUACUGGGAUUUUCUUGAUCACCUUGAGCGACUCGCAUUCCAAACACAACGAUGCAUUGAAGAAUCCCAUUCUUGGUGAUUUCAUUGCCUUGUGUGGAUCUUUUGCGUAUGCCUGCUACUUAAUCAUCAUGAAGGUGAAGAUGGGCGAUUCCACCGACCCUCAGAAUGACAGGAUUGUGUUUGCCUGGGUUGGAGUGUUCACAUUGGUUUUGUUCUGGCCUGUCAUGUUGAUUCUCCACAUUACAAAUGUUCAGCCGUUCUAUUGGCCAGGUUCGGGAACCGUUUGGUUUAUCGUGCUGGCCUCUGGAGUUUUGAACUGCAUUUCCGAUUACUGCUCCGUAAUGGCAUCUCUUCUGACAUCUCCACUGCUUGCUGCCCUUUCCCUCUCUACUGCGAUUCCACUCAGCAUGAUCUGCGACUCAAUUUUCUACCAUACAACAAACACCAGCUUGAUUUACUAUCUGGGAAUCUUCUUUAUCUUCAGCGCAUUUUUGAUCACUAAUAAAGAGGAUAAUGAGACUGUCAUCGACGAGGCUGUGGGAGAUGCUAUCGAGGAAGCCAUAGCCAAUGACGAACUGCUAAGUCCAAUUUUGAGUCCUUUGCUUGGAUCGAGUGGCUCUGAAAACUACAUUCCUGGCUUAUCUAUUGAUUCAGAUACAGGUUCUUCACAAAUCGUUAUUUCAGGUGGUGUCAACCACAAGUACUUCAUUAGAGAAGUGCGCCAUGUGUAA